AUGCAUGCACCCAAAAAGUCACACUAUGAAAAAGCUCUACAUGUAGUGAAUUAUGUCAAGAAUCAUCCUGAACUUGGACUCUUAAUGUCAAGCACUAGUGCAGAAGAUAUUGUGGCUUACUGUGAUUCAGACUGGGCCUCAUGCCCCAUGUCUUGGAAAUCAGUUACUGGUUUCUGUAUCAAGCUGGGAGCAUCACAUAUCUCCUGGAAAGCAAAGAAGAAGAGUACUAUAUCUAGAAGUUCAGUAGAAGCUAAAUAUAGAAGUAUGGAACAUACAGUAGCAGAAUUGAUAUGGUUGAAAGGACUAUUGAAGGAGUUGCAGGUGAAUGUGAAGAUGCCUAUGGAGUUAUACUGUCCAGGGUUCGCAAUUGCGGUGAUAGCAGAGAUGGGAGGGUCUUCGCAUUUGUGA